AUGCAGCAAGAACGGAGUUCUCAGACCCCAAAGCAGCCUCUGCAAGUUCGUAAGAGUCAAACUGAUCUCUCUGCAUGGCGAAAAGGAAGGACAACUAAUGGUGAAAAAAGUGUCCAGAAUCAUCAGUCUCCUGAUGGUCAAAAAAAUGACAGUGAGCAAGGCUCCUUCGAGCAAGCUCUGAGCUACUUUAAGAAAGUUCCAGACCGUGUCUCACUGAGAAAGAACACUGCUCUACAGAAGAGCUUGGCUGCUGUGGAAACCAUUGCUCUGCAAAGAGGGUUACCCCCUGAAGGAUUUCAUGUCUUGCUAAAAGUGGCCCUCAGUGGCAAACUGGCUGAUGCAGUGAAUGCUCGUUUACUGAAGUGCCUGGUUCCAGCCUCAGUCGUGCCAGAAGGUGCUGUGGUUUCAGCUGUGUCUUUGCUCUGUGUCAGCAAAUGUUCAAGCAACGUCCAGCUGCUCUUCAUAAGAUGGCUGAUCACAAUGUUUGACUACAUUGAUUCCAAGGAGCAACUUCAUGCCCUGUAUGCUGUCUUCUUUCACUUACUGCAAGAUGAGAAGAUGUGCCCUUAUGUCUGCCACCUGCUCUAUCUGCUGACCAGGAAAGAAAAUGUCAAGCCUUUUCGGGUCAGGAGACUGCUUGAACUCCAAGCAAAAAUGGGAAUGCAGUGUCAUCUACAGGCUCUACUAUCCCUUUACAAACUCUUCUGUCCUGAGCUGGUGACCAUAACCCUUCCUGGGAAGACGAAGAAUUUCUUCAAGAAUUCAGAGGGCCCUUGGAAAGCAGCAAUGAACACUGUAAGGCAAAGAAACUUUCCAGUCCACCAACCACUGCUUUUAGGCACAGCGCAGCCUCAGUCACGAAAGAGGAAGUGGAAUGCUCAGCUGAUUGUACCUGCAAGCUCUACAAGCAGAAACAAUUUAGAAGAGAACAGGGGGAGCCAUGUUGAUUUGUACAGUACAAGUCAGUCUUUUCCAGUGGAGCAGCUGCAGACUUUUCCCCAGCUUCUACAUAAUAUCCACCGUCUAGAGUUCCCUUCCCAGAUGGCUUCAGUGCUAACAAACCCUUUAUUGCUUCACUACAUGAAUUGUGUCAAAGAUGAAUCUGUUUACCUGAGGCUUCACUUUUGGAUGAGCCAGGCUCUUCAGGAAGAAUGCACCUGGUGUGUGGCUGAUAAUCACCAAAAUGAAGAGGAGUUCAAGAUCUUCCUGGAAACUAUCUACAAGACAGAGUGUUUCUUGCAGGAGGGUUUCAGUUCCUGUGAAGAGUUCCUGUAUAAGAGCCUUCCUCUCUGGGAUGGUGUCUGCUGCCAAUCACAAGUCCUCAAACUUGUGAGUUGGAUCCCCCUGAGAAGCUUCUCUGGAAUGAAGUCACAGCUCUAUGAUCCCCUGGCACAGCUCUUUUUCACAUCAUCACUCUAUUUUAAGUGCGGUGUUCUUGAGAGCCUGACAGAGCUGCUGCAGAACUGGUUAAAUUGCCACAUGUUUUGUCCAGAUUCAGAGUCUGAAUCUCAAGUCCAUUCUUUGGAUACCACCCUGUCUGGGCUGCUGAACGCGUUGGCUGAGCUGAUCAACUUUGUUGGGCGGAUAUCUACAGCCGCUUUACGCUUGGAAAGGAAAUCCUCCUUCCUGCUGCACUUCAUCCUCAGCUUCUAUGAGACUGUGUGUGACAUAUACCUGAGGUACAAUCUGCCUUUGUUGAUAUUGCCUCCUGCUGGAAUUUUCUACCCAGCACUUCUCAGCAUGAGUCCUGUCAUCCUGAAUCAGCUCUGCUACCUGAUGUACAGAUACCGAACCAACUUGGUGGCUGCAAAGAAAAAUGAGCUGAGUAAAAAGAAAAGCCUGCAGUUCAAGAUCAGCAGCCAGACAUACCGAGAGUACAACCAGUAUGUGAUAGCUAUGGUAGGUUGUCUGUGGACAUCCAAUGUGUUCCAGAAGGAUACCCAUCCUCAGGGUCUUCGUAUGGAUGAAGAACUGCUGAAGGCAACUGCAGUGCAGGAUUACAAAACCAGCUUCAACAUUGUCUACCACCCAGCCAUGAUUGGCUAUGCUGUCCAGUUCCUGCAGCAGGCUUUCCCAGAUGAAGCCACCUUGAACUUCAGUUUAAUUAAGGGAAAGAGGUGGAACUGGUAUCUGGAAUUUCUUUAUGCACAAGGCUUAGAGGGCCUGAAGGCCUUCAUCGAGAGCAGCAUCAAUCGUGUGUCCCGCGCCCCCCAUGGUAAAGCAGAGGACCAUGAAUCAGAAGACAGAGUUUAA